AACGCACCCACGUCGCUCAGAAGCAGCUCCUAUAAAACCACCGCCCGGCUUCAAAGGUACAGCCGCCGCGCGCUCCACCCGCCUCCUCUUCCUCCUCGCCGUCGCCCAGCUCGUUCGCUCGCUCCAACCAGCCGCCGGCGGAAUGGCCCCAAAACGAGGCGGCAAGGCGCCGGUCCCGGCGAAGAAGAAAACGGAGAAGGUGACGAACCCGCUGUUCGAGAAGAGGCCGAAGCAGUUCGGGAUCGGCGGCGCGCUGCCGCCCAAGAAGGACCUGCACCGCUUCGUCAAGUGGCCCAAGGUCGUGCGCAUCCAGCGCCAGCGCCGCAUCCUCAAGCAGCGGCUCAAGGUGCCCCCGGCGCUCAACCAGUUCACCCGUACCCUCGACAAGAACCUUGCAACAAACUUGUUCAAGAUGCUUCUUAAGUACCGCCCUGAAGACAAGGCUGCCAAGAAGGAGAGGCUUUUGAAGAGGGCCCAGGCUGAAAACGAAGGGAAAACUGUUGAGGCAAAGAAACCAAUAGUUGUGAAGUAUGGCCUUAACCAUGUGACUUACCUCAUUGAGCAGAGCAAGGCCCAGCUUGUUGUGAUUGCUCAUGAUGUUGAUCCGAUUGAGCUGGUUGUGUGGCUCCCAGCCCUUUGCAGGAAAAUGGAGGUUCCAUACUGCAUUGUCAAGGGAAAAGCACGCCUUGGAUCGAUUGUUCACAAGAAGACUGCAUCUGUUCUAUGCCUCACCACAGUCAAGAAUGAGGACAAACUUGAGUUCAGCAAGAUCUUGGAGGCUAUUAAGGCCAACUUCAAUGACAAGUUUGAUGAGGUCAGGAAGAAGUGGGGUGGUGGUGUCAUGGGCUCAAAAUCACAGGCGAAAACCAAGGCCAGGGAAAAGCUGCUCGCGAAGGAGGCUGCACAGCGGAUGACCUAAAUUUAGCCUUUUAAAUCAUCUUGUACUUCUCCUGAGUAGUGUGGAAGCAUACGGUGGUUGUCUGGUCUUGUUUUGGGAGUCAUUUUUGUUCACGAGACAAAAAGGAUCCGUGUAAGAAUUCAAUAUUUUUGUUCAAUGCUGGUUAGUUCAUUUGA